AUGUUUGCCAGACUCGCAAAGCUGCCUGUUGCUAGAACGACCAGCCGUCUUGUUCGGUGGUCGUCCAACGUGCGUUUGACUUCCGAGUCGUAUCCACAAGUGCACCGCCUCGACUUUGGCCAGGUGACUCCAAAAACUGUGGAUUUCUUCAAGUCUGUUGUUGGAGACUCUGCCGUGAUCACCAACGAAGACGACCUGCUUUUGUACAACGAGGACCAGAUGCGCAAGUACAGAGGCCAGUCACGUGUGUGUGUGAAGCCGAAAAACACCCAGCAGGUGUCUGAGAUCGUUAAGUACUGUAACGAGAACAAGCUGGCUCUCGUGCCUCAAGGUGGUAAUACAGGUCUUGUUGGUGGUUCUGUGCCUGUUUUCGAUGAGAUCGUGCUGUCCUUGAGCAGUAUGGACAAAGUGCGGUCUUUUGAUUCGACGUCGGGUAUUCUGAAAGCGGACGCUGGACUCAUCUUGGAGAAUGCCGACAAUUUUUUGGCCGAAAACGGAUACAUCUUCCCUCUUGAUCUGGGAGCCAAGGGAUCGUGCCACAUCGGAGGAAACGUUGCUGCUAAUGCUGGAGGACUCCGUUUGCUCAGAUACGGCUCUUUGCACGGCUCCGUUUUGGGUCUUGAAGUCGUGCUACCAGAUGGUACUAUUUACGACAGUAUGAAUGCUUUGAGAAAGGACAACACCGGUUACGAUCUGAAACAGUUGUUCAUUGGCUCCGAAGGUACUUUGGGAGUGAUCACCGGUGUUUCUAUUCUGUGUCCAUCGCGUCCAAAAGCGGUCAACAUCGCUUUCCUUGGUCUCGAGUCCUACGACGCUGUUCAAGAAACGUUUAAAAGAGCAAAGUCGGAGCUGUGCGAGAUUCUCUCGGCUUUUGAGUUCAUGGACAGACAGUCCCAGGUCCAGAACAAGAGAUUCUCCAAGAACACCCAUCCUUUGGCCCAGGACGACCCGGACGUCGAUGUUCCUGAGUAUCCAUUCUACGUUUUGAUCGAGACGUCUGGUUCUUCCAAAGAGCACGACGAUGCCAAGCUCGAGACUUUCUUGGAGUCCAUCAUGGAAGAAGGAAUUGUUUCUGAUGGAGUUGUUUCGCAGGAUGAAACACAGCUCAAGGCUCUGUGGAACUGGAGAGAAGGUAUUAGCGAGGCCUCCAACAUGGACGGAGGAGUGUACAAAUACGACGUUUCGCUGCCAUUGCCGGUCAUGUACGAUCUGAUUGAGGUUUUGAGAGUGCGUUUGGACGAGCACGGAUUGCGUUCUGCCUCUGACGCUUCGAAACCGGUCGUUGAUGUUGUCGGAUACGGCCACAUUGGAGACGGAAACUUACACGUCAACGUUAUUGUGAGAGAAUACAGCAAGACCGUGGAAAAGUGUCUGGAACCGUUCGUGUACCAAUGGGUCAGCGACCACCACGGCUCGAUCUCGGCAGAACACGGUCUGGGCUUCCAAAAAAAGAACUACGUCGGCUACUCCAAAACGGACGUCGAGAUCGCCCUGAUGAAACAGAUCAAACACAAGUUCGACCCGCAGGGAAUCAUGAACCCGUACAACAUUAUUCGUCCAGACCCGGAGUUGGAGUUGUCAGAGGAAUACAUAUCAUCGUCAGGAGAGGCAAAUGGGUCGCGGUUUGACUUGAGAGCCUCUUCGUAUGCGAGAUCGUCCACUGCGGUGUCGUCAGCGUUAUCCCCGCGCUUUCUGAAGAUGAGGAAGAAGAUCAGGCCAAUGAUCAUCGAAGCACCCACUGCUCCGCCCACUGCACCUCCGAUGAUGGCACCUUUGUUCGAGGACGAUUUCGAGUUCGAGCUUCCGCUAGAGGCAGAUGCGGACGCGGAAGCUGAGGCAAUUGGGGUCGAUUGUGUCACGUAG